AUCUAUGAGACAAUCUAAUAGGGCCCGUUGCUCAUGAACUAAACGAAACGCAAUUUAAAUAAUUUAAUCAGAUUGGACUGGUUGGUAAUAUUUCACAAUUCUUUUAUUUUAAAACAUUUCAGGACAAAAGAUUCAGUUACAAUAUCCUAUUUCGUGGAAUGCAUUUGUCUCACUUUACGUUUCUAUGCCUAGAAAUAUGACAGCUCGAACCCAUGUAAUCUAUAGUUGAUUAUUUUUCAGAAUUUUCAUUAAUUCAAUAACAUUCUCCCGAGUAUAUAUAUGUGUGCGCUGUAAAAUAAAAUGUUCUCGACUGCCAUAAUUUGCCAUCAUUAUACUCGCGUAAGAAUACAUGGCUUUCGAAAUCGUUUUGGUAUGAUAAUACUAUUUUCUUAUUAACUCUUAAAUUUAUUUCAACAAUGCACUUCUUUAAAAAAUACAUGGUAGUUAAAAAUAUUUUGUCGUUAUUUUCUACAUUUCACACUUAAACAUUUGGGACUAUGUAUUACGUCAGCGCUAUUUGUCAUCAAUAUCAACGUACGCCAUUAUCCGUAUUGUAAGCUAGUGAUAAACGUGAAUUGACAACCUUGUUCCAGUGUUUCGGCCAGACAGGUGGAAAAAUACCUGGUAUUCGAGGUUCAUAACCAGCCUCGCCUGCCAACAUGAGUUACCAGAUGCAGCCUCAGCAAGCCAGGCCAAUGUCCCACGGAAACUACCAGGGCCCCGGGGACCUGCCCAUGGGCUCUGCGAAGGAGCAGACGCUGAUGUGGCAGCAGAACUCGUACCUGGGGGACUCUGGCAUCCACUCGGGCGCCACCACGCAGGCCCCGUCGCUCACCGGCAAGGAGGAGGACAUGGAGAGCGACCAGCUGAUGUUCGACCUGGACCAAGGGUUCGCCCAGGGCUUCACGCAGGAGCAAGUUGAUGGUGUGGUGUCAGAGAUGAACCAGCAACUGAGCCAGACCCGCUCCCAGCGGGUGCGUGCGGCGAUGUUCCCCGAAACACUGGAGGAAGGUAUAGAGAUCCCCUCGACCCAGUUCGACCCUGCCCAGCCCACGGCCGUGCAGAGACUUGCCGAGCCGAGCCAGAUGCUGAAGCACGCCGUCGUCAACCUCAUUAACUACCAGGAUGACGCUGACCUGGCGACCAGAGCGAUCCCGGAGUUGAUCAAGCUGCUGAACGACGAGGACCAAGUUGUGGUUUCCCAGGCAGCCAUGAUGGUCCAUCAGCUGUCCAAGAAGGAAGCAUCUCGACACGCCAUCAUGAAUAGCCCUCAGAUGGUGGCAGCCUUGGUACGAGCCAUAUCAAACAGUAAUGACUUGGAAUCCACUAAAGCAGCAGUUGGCACUCUGCACAACCUCUCCCACCACAGGCAGGGAUUGUUGGCCAUUUUCAAGAGUGGUGGCAUUCCAGCCCUCGUUAAAUUACUAAGCUCCCCGGUGGAGUCGGUGUUGUUCUAUGCCAUCACCACCCUCCACAACCUGCUGCUCCACCAGGAGGGCUCGAAGAUGGCGGUGCGGCUGGCUGGGGGCCUCCAGAAGAUGGUGGCCCUCCUCCAGCGCAACAACGUCAAGUUCCUGGCCAUCGUGACGGACUGCCUGCAGAUCCUGGCCUACGGCAACCAGGAGAGCAAGCUCAUCAUCCUGGCCUCGCAGGGCCCCGUCGAGCUGGUGCGCAUCAUGCGCAGCUACGACUACGAGAAGCUGCUCUGGACCACGUCCCGCGUGCUCAAAGUGCUGUCUGUGUGCUCGAGCAACAAGCCGGCCAUCGUGGAGGCGGGAGGCAUGCAGGCCCUGGCCAUGCACCUGGGCCACCCCAGCCAGCGCCUCGUUCAGAACUGCCUGUGGACCUUGAGGAACUUGUCCGACGCCGGCACCAAAGUGGACGGCCUGGAAGGUCUGCUCCAGAGCCUGGUCCAGCUGCUGUCCUCCUCGGACGUGAACGUGGUGACCUGCGCCGCCGGCAUCCUCUCCAACCUGACCUGCAACAACCAGCGCAACAAGGUGACGGUGUGCCAGGUGGGCGGGGUGGACGCCCUGGUGCGCACUAUAGUGGGCGCCGGCGACCGGGAGGAGAUCACGGAGCCGGCCGUGUGCGCCCUGCGCCACCUCACCUCGCGCCACGUCGAGUCGGAGAUGGCGCAGAACGGCGUGCGCCUCAACUACGGCAUGCAGGUGGUGGUGAAGCUGCUGCAGGCGCCGUCCCGCUGGCCGCUCGUCAAGGCCGUCAUCGGCCUGAUCCGCAACCUGGCGCUGUGCCCGGCCAACCACGCCCCGCUGCGGGAGCACGGCGCCAUUCACCACUUGGUGCGGCUGCUGAUGCGCGCCUUCCAGGACACGCAGCGGCAAAGAUCGUCGGUUGCCAGCACUGGCAGCCAGCAGCCGGGAGCGUAUGCUGACGGAGUGAGAAUGGAGGAGAUAGUAGAAGGAACGGUGGGCGCACUGCACAUCCUGGCUCGCGAGUCAAACAACCGCGCCAUCAUUCGCCAGCAGAACGUGAUUCCCAUAUUUGUGCAGCUGCUGUUCAACGAGAUAGAGAACAUCCAGCGUGUUGCUGCCGGGGUGCUUUGUGAGCUGGCUGCGGACAAGGAGGGGGCAGAGAUGAUAGAGCAGGAGGGGGCCACUGCCCCCCUCACAGAGCUACUGCACUCGCGUAACGAGGGCGUAGCCACAUACGCUGCAGCAGUGCUGUUCCGAAUGUCCGAGGACAAGCCUCAGGACUACAAGAAGCGACUGUCAAUGGAGCUGACCAACUCACUAUUCCGAGAAGACCAAAAUCUCUGGAAUGGAGGCGAUCUCGGCAUGGGUCCGGAUCUACAGGACAUGCUUGGUCCCGACCAGGGCUAUGACGGUUUGUAUGGCCAGGGCCCCCCCAGCGUCCACAGCAGCCACGGUGGACGAGCCUAUCACCAAGGCUAUGACCAGAUACCAAUAGACUCGAUGCAGGGCCUGGAGAUAGGCGGGGGAGGAGGGGGCUCCACGUACGGCCCCAUGGACGCCAUGGACGUCGGCGGGCCGGACGCGACCACCAUCAGCUUCGACCACCUGGAGGAGCUGCCGCAGCCGCCCCAGGACAACAACCAGGUGGCCGCGUGGUACGACACCGACCUCUAGUCCCCUGUCUCCGCGCGUCCGCGAGGCCUGGUUCACCGCGACCGCACGUCUCGCUUCCCCCUCGUCGGGAUCAUGUAUUUGUGUUUCGGCGUAGUGAAUAAGGCAAAACUCAUUAUCUGUCCUAAAAAAUUUUAAGUACCAUUGGAAACAGUUAAUUUUUUAUUUUGAACUCUUUUUUGUAGGUAACGGAAAACUUACAUAGUUCCUUGAGACCAAGAAAAAUACUGGUUUUUCAGUGUUAUGUGUUUUAAAAAAUACAGAUGUUUGCAUUUGAAAAAAACCAAGAACCUAACCUUCUUACCUUGUUACUCUACAAUUGGUUGGAAUUUUUGGUAAGUAUAAUUUUUUCAUGAUUUACAAAAAAAAAAAAAGCACGCGUGUUCUCUGUAAUUUUUUCAUGUUUUAUAAGAAAAAUACUGUUUAGAAAAUUGUCAAUAAUUACUAUUUUUAUUGCUCAUAUUUAUUUACCUUAUGAAGUGGAAGUGAAUGGUUUUGCUGUGAAUCAGGUCUGUUGUGUUGUAAAUAUUGGACUUAAAACUGUUAAACGACUAAGUGUUUUAUUAUUUUCUCCAGUCGUAAGUGUGGAGAGAAAGUUGCAUUUUAUCAUCUCUUGUAGCUAGCUGUUAGGAGAAUUUGUUGGAUGGUGUUCAAAUGUUGGCAUUUCUGCUGGUAAUGGUGCAGAUAAUGCACAUAAGCAGUAUCUGUGGUAAUGUAGUGCCAUUUAUUUUUAUGUUAGUUUUACUAUUAUUUAUUUACAUCACCUUGAAUAUUUUCCAAUUCAUUUGUUUUUAGAAUAGACAAUGACUGAAACAACUUGGUAGCUAACUUAAGUUGUUUGUUGAAAUGUUUCAUUAGUAGUGGAGUACAGGCAUGUAUACAUAGCAGUAGGAGAUAUCUAAAUAAUGAUUGUCAUAUGUUGGUUUUAUUACAUUUCUUAAAAUUAGUAAAUACUUAAUGUUUUAAAUCAUUGAUGUUUUGGGAUUGUGUUGUACCAUUGUCAUGUGUUAUGUGUAUGUAGUGGCAGUGUUAUAAUAAGGAUUGUGCGAAAUAAGCUUCGAUAACGAAAGAUUCCCAAGUCGAUGAUAAAUUAUAACAGUCAAUAAUUACUACUUUUGGAUGAAUAACUCUGUUAGUUUUGCAGCUUAGCAUUAACAACACACACUAAAGUUUUAACAUUUUAAAUCGUGAAAGUACGAACAUUAUUUACAGUUUUAUUUAGAGCUCUGAGUUUAAGAUGUUACCUUAAAUAACUUAAGUGGCUUGAAAGAAACUGUAAAAUUAAUGCAUUUAUUUUGUGCAGAAAAAAGAAAAUCUGUGACUAAAUUUAUUGUAGUUUGGGUUUGAAAUUUCUGGCCAAUGCUGAACCAUUUUCAAUUGUUGGUAUUAGUGUAUGAUGUAUAAUGAUUUCAAAUUCUUGAAGUUUUAUUUAAUUUUAAACCAAAUGAACUCAAAUACAAAUACAUCAAAUGUUUUUUUAUGUAGUUGUUAACUUCAACAAAACACAUUUUCAAUAUUUUUUAAUUAAUUAAUUUUUUUUUUUUAAAUAUUGCUUUACUAUAUGGAGCAGGAUACCACAAAGUUAGUGUACUAUUUUAGUCACAGAGUGUCAGUAUGCUUUUUUGAAGAACUAAUGGCAAGUAGCAAAAUAUAUUUUUUUAUGCAAAAAUAUUUCUGACUUGAUAUCUAAGGAUAUUACGUGUUUGUUAAAGAAUGUGUUACUGCAUUGUCGAUUUUAAACAUUGAAUUUUCUUAACAUUCCGGGUAAUUUUAUUUAUAUGGCUGAAGUAUCCUAUAACUCCUGGCAGAUGCUUAAAAAUCGUCUUGAGGUACAUUAGGCCAAAACUUGUCGCAAAACAGAAAUGGGGUUUUCCAAAAUUUUCACACUAAAAAUUUAAAUUUUUUUGGAUAUGCUUUGCACGUAGAUUCAUGGUUUUGAUGUCUUUUAAUAUUUUUUUUUUGCUCCUAAAAAAAUCUAUUGAAUGUUCUGCUGUGUUAGUCAUUAGACAUACAUGAAUUUACUUUGCUUGCAAGGUUGGACCUCACACAACAGAGUACAGAAGUUUUACACCUUAUCUCAAACCAGAACAGAUACAUUUGACACAACUAUGUGGAGAGGUAUUGGAUCGCAUUGGCAUCAUGUACAUAUACAUUUGUGGUAAUAUGUAUCAUUGCUACAGUGUUCAUUUCAUUGUAUUUGUGAUUUCUCUUCCUUACAUAGGGAAAGGAAGGGCUGUUCCAAUUCCUAUAAUACCGUAAAUCACUCGUGUACGCCACAUUUUUUUUCAAAAUCAAUACUCUUGAAUAUGAACAAUGAAGUUGCAGUUGUGGUUGGUGUAGAGGUGGGUUGUUACAGCAAUUUUCGGUAUCUGUUCAAACCUGUUACUGAUACAGUAAUGUACUGGUUACAAGUUGCUGAUACUUCUGUAUCAGCUAGAGCAGUAGUGGUCCCAGGAAGCAAAAAGGUAUCAGCAUUCUCGUUACAGGUUACACAUCCUCCGUGCCGUCAUCACCAGCGUAAAAAGGUAUCAGUGUUCUCUUUCCACGCCUUUCGUAAUCUGCAGCCCCCCCCCCCCUCCCCCCUCCUCGUCAUACUUCAUUCCCCCCUUUCUGACGUUAAAGGAGUAUUUCUCACUCUCUUCCAACCUUCCCUCCCUGUUCUUACUUCUCUCCAACAGUAAAAAAAAAAAGCUCCGCGUACGCAGACCGUGCAACUGUAAGGAGAAUCUGAUACAUUAUUUAUCACGCCCGGUAAUUCUCUACCUCUGUUACGCUCAUGCCCGCCUAAUACAGCCAGUAUCAAUCAGUUCAACAUUCACUGCAGUUCGUCAUGGCCGUGUAUUACCACGUACAUUGUUGCGGGCUAUCAUGCUUUGUAGUUAGUAUCUUUAUAGUGAAAUAAGGAAUGGAUAAGUGCAGGAAAAAGACUUCAUUGUGUGGAAUUUUUUCACCGAAAAUAAUGAGUUUGCUAAGUGUAAUUUGUGUAAACAAAAACUGAGUUAUAAAUCAUCAUCAACUAAUCUGAAGAAACAUUUGAAACGUAAACAUCCAACUGUACAGUUACCUGAUCAGAAUCAAGAUAGUUUAACAUCACUAUCACUGUCCAGAAGUAGGAGCGAUGAUCCAGACAUCGCAAAUACGACACCGUACCUCAGCCAAAAAAAUAUUCGGCCAGAUAUAGGAAUUCCUUCUACAAGCAGUUUGUCAGUUCCCAAACAAGCUGUGUUGGAAAGAACCAAUGUGCAUGACUGUAAAGUAAGUGAUUUUGUUGUAAGAAAACUUUCUGUUUCUGCUAAGAAGAAAAUUGAUGACCAACUGUUAAAUUUAUUUACUGUAGAUUUUCAACCAUUCUCAGUUGUUGAGGACGAAGGGUUUCGAGGAUUUGUUUAUGCACUAAAUCCGUUGUAUACAUUGCCAAGUAGGAAAACUAUAACAAACACAUUGUUACCAGCUGCUUAUGAAACUGUGUACAAUAGCAUUCAAGAAAUAUUAACAACCACUGAAAUUAGUUAUGUCACACUAACAACAGAUUGUUGGACUUAUGUUAAUACUGAAAGUUUCAUGGCAGUGACAUGUCAUUUCAUAGACUGCAAUUUCAGAUUGAUUUCUUUGGUGUUAGAUUAUUGUUCAUUUUCGGAGUCCCACACCAGUGCUCACUUAACCCAGGAACUGAGUCGUGUAGCAAAAGAAUGGAGGUUAGAAAACAAAAUUUUACUCUGUGUUUCUGACAAUGCAGCGAACAUACAGAAAGCUAUAAAAGACAAAUUGAAAUGGAGGCAUUUCGCUCUGCGCCUCCUUCAACGCCUUCCCCUGCGCUUCCUCCCCUACAUUCUUUCCCUUCGUUUUCCCUUAUUUGUUGUGCCGCUCCCUCCCCUUUCACAAGCUCCGCCCAAGUGACCGUCAUCUGCGAUCGGGUUCUGCGCACAUUGGCCGUGGUGUUGUUCCAUGCUAAUUCCUAACUGAUACUAAAGUACUUGAUAUUUGAAUAGUGUACUCGUUUGCAGUACCUGAUACAGGCGUGUUUCAGUUACAAAGUAGCAGGUUAAUACUCUGCAACCCACCUCUAGGUUGGUGUGAGUGACUUGACAACAUUGUGUAUAGAAUAUCUUACUGGCAGGUGCAAAUGGGUGGAAUGUUUGUGCAUUCAAGUUAAUUGUUUGUAAUGAAAAAAGUAAAAAAAAAAUCUUAUCAUUACCAGCACAGCUAUUUAUUUUGUUUGUUUUGAUUUUACCUGUCAAAAUUACCCUUCACUGUAUUUUUUAUUACCCUUCACUGUACUUGAUAUUUGUUAUAUUUAAGUAAUAAUAUAUAUUUUUAUUAUUAUUAUUUCCAUGGCUGAAAACAAGACAGAUUUAUAAAUUUAAGAGAGUGGAAACCAUGCUCCAAGCCUUCCCCUAAUGCCUUACCCCUUAUAUUUUGAGCUACUACCAGCUGCCCCAUUAGUCACACUCGCAGGGUGGGGUCAGCAGGUAGUAGACAUCUCUGCUGGCCGUUGAAAAGAGUUUCAAGGCUGCCGAUUGGAUGCAUAGCUGUUUUAGGGAAGUUCUAGCACACUUUGGCUACAUGCAGCAACUAUAUAAUAGUAAACCAAUCUUUAAAAUUGGCUGAAAAUUGUUGUUUCGCCUCAACGAAAAAUCUGGGUACACAUGGUGCAUGUACAUGGGUGAUUGUGGUGAUUUCACAGUCUGUUCCUGAUACCAAGAUGCAAAGUAUUUUCUCAUGAUUUUGUAAUUGGCAUACAAAAAAUACUGAUUCUCUGUAAUGUCAUGUUUGUACACCUACAUUAAUAUAAAUAAAUGACUUGAUCAUGUAAUAAAAAAAUUUUAUCAUACUAUUGAGAGAAAGAAACUUUUUAUAAUACUAUUGGGAAAAAAACUUUUUAAACUAGGUUUUAGGCCACCAAAAUGUUUUUUUUGGAAUUGAUUAUGGUGCAAUUAUAGGUUCAUAUACAAGCCACAUAGUGUAGAUGUCAAGAUUAUUUAGAUGUAUGUACUUUAUGUUGAGUGUUGUUUGUAUGCUGUAAUAUUACUGUAAUAGCUGAAUAAUAUAUCAUUACAUUGUCUCCACAGAACGUACUGACAAUUAAAUGUGUACUCUUUUUAUAGAUGGAUAUAAAAAUAUAAAUAAAUAUGUGCUAAACUCCA